AUGGCUCCUCGAGGGAAUCAAGAAUUGAGGGAAGCGGAUGUGCAGUGGGGAUCCGCCAAGACGAAAGUGCUACAGAAAGAGAUUUUCAAGGAGUGGGGCCAGUGGAGAGCUGAAUUGGCUCAUCUAUAUCGGUUCUUGUUUGAAAGCUCAGAGGGCUCCGAUGCAGAGUCCAAUCUUGACUUCUGCCCAGAGGGAAUCAAUUCUAGUAGCGACUCUGAUUCGGGCGAUCUUGCUUCAGAUUUUGAUGAUUGUCUCAAGGGGUGCAAUGCGAUCAAUUCAAAUACCAUAUUCAACAACUCGGUAUCUAUGGAAAUCCUCCGUUCAGUUAUUGAAACAAUUCACCUACCCUUGUGGAUCAAUCACGUACCAGUCACCAUUGUGCUGUGA